AUGGUGAAACGUAGCAAACAUACCGGCACAUUAGCGGUUAUUGAGAAAAUCUACGGUGAUAUACCAUCGUUUACGGACAUUUUUACCGAAGAGUCGUUCUAUACGUUUGCAUUUUGUUUUGUUUGUGCCUCCAUACUGGUGGCAUUCAUAUUAUCUAGAUAUAUAACAAUAAAACCUGUAGAAAUAUAAUUUCCAUUGAGAA